AUGAGCAAUCAUAUUUUAUGCUUGUUUCCCAACAUUGAAAGGAGUGCUGUUCUUGUGUUGGGAGAUGCUUUGAAUGUCAGCUUUUCUUCUGAAAUAAGCUCAAAGACAUGUCCUCACGUACAUGGAGGAUGCAGUGAGCCAGCUGCUGGAGAACAGGGAAGAUAUUAGUCAGUAUGGCAUUGCCAGGUUCUUCACUGAAUAUUUUAACAGUGUGCGUCAAGGAACACACAUCUUGUUCCGUGAAUUCAGCUUUGUUCAAGCUACCCCUCAUAACAGGGCAUCUUUUCUUCGGACCUUCUGGAGGUGUUUCCGAACAGUGGGAAAAAAUGGAGAUUUGCUGACAGCACAGGAAUACCACUGCCUGCUGCAGCUGCUCUGCCCUGACUUCCCAAUGGAACUCACUCAGAAAGCAGCAAGGAUUGUGCUGAUGGAUGAUGCUAUGGAUUGCCUGAUGUCUUUCUCUGAUUUCCUUUUUGCUUUCCAGAUCCAGUUCUACUACUCAGAGUUCCUGGAAAGUGUGGCUGCCAUUUAUCAAGAUCUACUGGCUGGUAAGAAUCCAAAUACUGUGAUUGUGCCAACAUCAUCCUCUGGACAACAUCGGCAGCGCCAGUCCCCAAAUGACUGCAGCCCACUUGAUGGGGUAGAGGCAUCGCUCUUCUACCAGUGCCUAGAGUCCUUGUGUGACAGAUCAAAAUACAGCUGUCCACCUUCUGCUCUUGUGAAGGAAAUGUUGAGUAGUGCACAGAGACUGACCUUCUAUGGAUUCCUUAUGGCACUUGCAAAGGAUCAGGGCAUCAACAGAGCCCUAGGGGCUUUGCCAGAUAAAGGCGACUUGUUUCUGGACCCUGCCAUGGAUCAGGAGCUUGAGAAAUUGGUAGCUCGGGUUUCAGGGCUUUCCGUCUCCGGUCCUACCAGCUCCAGCGGGGACUCAUCUAAUGUGCCUGUCCGUAACUCACCCAGGAUUAACUCUCCUUGGAAACCUCUACACCAUCGUCGAAAAAUGGAUGCUGAGAGUGAAGGCUCUAACGAAGAGACAGACUCAUCUGAAAACUGAAGGUUGUGAGGGUGGGCAUUGUUCCCAUCUUGGGUUUCUCCAGAACCCACUGGAGGAACAGCACCUCCUCCCAGAGCAUCUGCUCUGACCAUGGGUUCUGUCCACAUCACCAGUGUGCGUGUGGCUGUGCCAGUUCCUGUUGCCAAGCCCACCCAUCUCUUCCCAGGAAGAACUCUGCCUUUUUCCUAGCUCCAGUUUCCUGCAGGAAUAGCUCCUCUGCAGAAGGUAUUUCCAGCUGCAGAGUUAUGCUACCCUCUGCUGGCAGGCCAGACCAGCCAGCAGACAAUUGCUUGGCCUCCACUUGGAAAUAGCUGGGUAUUCUCUCACCCAGGCUCUCCCUCACAGUUCAGCAGGUGCUGGAGCAGUGCAGGCCACUUGCCAGUGUUCUGUUGUGUAUCUGUGUUCAGACUUGGCCUAGACAAUAGAGUGGUUAAAUCACUAGUGGCAGCUCUGCACUCAUGCUCCACUAUAAUUAUUCCCAGUAAAGCUGCACCUGCAUAGGAUCAAAGGUAGAGAAAUUCCUGAAGUUCCUAGAAAUGAAAGGCUUGGGUAUUGCCAUGCCACUUGUCUCUGCUUCCUCCUCCAUGUGUUCAAGACUUACCAAAGCAAAUACAGCAAAUAAGCCAGACUGCAGUGAGUACAUACUGCAUGGUGCUGCCUGGCUCCUCUGCUGUACCGAGGAGUUCCCUUCUGUGAGGCCUCCCACAGCAUAUGAAGGACAUUUGGAAAAGGGAGUUUUAAGGGAGGGUUGAAGGAGAGAGGGAAAAAAAAAAUAAUUCUAAAUUCCUUGGCCACAAGUGUUAUGUCUUGCAAACAUAAGGUGCAUCUGCUGGGAUUGGGUGGGCAGAAGCACUAAGGGAGAAGGAAGCAGUUAUCUGACAAGUCCUGGGUAAUUUUUUUGUAAAUAUUGUCACUGUUGUAGCAUCACAGUGUAGCCCUUACAGCUACAAAAAGAAGUAGUAUCUCAUUGUGUUAAUUAGUGGUAACUAGCUCAGCAGUUUGGCCUCCACAGCCCUAAAUGCUUUGUCUAGCCCAGCGUCUGUGCCUCAGUUUGUGUUAGACUAGUUAUUUCUUGGGGAACCUUAUUUUCUCUUGCUCCCUUGGGAGCCUCCUUGCUCCUCCUGUUCAUAACCCGCUGCAAGAGCUAGGUAACCCAAAGCUUAGAGCAGCCCUAAGCUGAGUGGACUCAACACACGCUGGAGCUAUUUUAAACCUAAUCCUGUAACUACUGCUGAGUCUGUACCACAGCCCCACCUGUUGAGGUACCGGGAGGGGUUACUUAUUUAUUGUAAGUUAUUUUAUUUAUUGAUGUGCUCGCUAACUGUGCUUUCUCUCCCAACCAUCAGUGUGACAGCCGGCAAUAAAGCACACUGCCUAACGCCA